AUGUGCGACAAUCAAUGUAAUCUAAUUGAAACAUUUAAUCCCGAAGUGGAAUAUCAAAAAUUUCUAAAACGUAAGCCCAUCGUCCAAACGGCCAAACUCUAUGAGGAAUUGAAGACCCAUCAAAGUGUUAACAAACGUCCAUAUGAUUUCAAGGGAUAUGGUGUUGAGGCCGAUCAGAAUACAAUGUAUCGUACCUAUAAUUCGGAGUAUGGCUAUUAUGCCCCAAAUCCCUAUACGAUACCAUCGCGUUAUUAUCCCUUAUCACAAAAAUUCUCCAAUGAACUGCAUCGUUGUGGCAUGUAUCGAAAUUUCUCGUUGAAUACUCAUAUGGAUAGAAGUUUCUAUUGAAGUACUG